AACUAUUUUUGACUCUUUUCUGGCACCAAUGGACAGCGACCUGGCCGCGACCUGGCCGCCAAAACCUUCAAUUGCAAGUCCCAUUGGAGAAAAGAUUUUAAAAUGGAUCCAAGUCCAAGCGCAAUAGACUGGAAUCUCGUCUGCUUAUCAACAAAUUUUUAAAAAUUGUUCGUUCCUGGAGGUGAUCUAAACGUUCUUAUACAGCACUGCAAUUCGAUUCCAAUUAGUUUCAAACUUCCCAACUUGGCUACGAGAAGGAAGCUUCCUCGAAAGACGACAACCAGAAGAACAGGUCUUGUUUAAUCACCUGUCAAUCACGGAGCAUUUCAUAUCGGUGAAAGUCCACGUGUGUGUUGAAUUUUCGCAUCGAUUUCAUGUUUCGUAACCUACGUGGUGGUUGAAUGGCCUUUGACAAGGCUGUGAAGAACAAAUACAUGGAGCUUGCUAAUGCGGAGACUGUUGCCAAUGGGGAAUUGGAUGGAAUGGAAAGAGAGCCUUCAGCGCGCCUUCUUUUGCGGGAGGCUGGUCUGUCCCGUACGCAUUUUCCGGGAAUGGUGAGGAAGAGAGCGUAUAUAUUUGAUGGAAAUGGCAACUAUUAUAACAAGGAAUGGGAUCUUACUGAGGGUAGAGGAAAGGAGUUUUGUUGGUAUCAUGUAGAACUUCCGAAAGGCAAUCAAAAACUGGCCCAAUCUGCUCAGUAUCUCAUUGAUGUUCUUUGCCCGCCUUUGAAGCUUCAAGAUAUUCUCUCCCUUGUAAGCAAUGGUCCCUUUUGUGGACAUGUUGAUGGGGCUCUUGUCUUCAGAGUAAAUUCACCUGGCCCUGCAUCUUGUGAUUUUACAUUCAGAAUUGCUGCUAGAAUUACCGAGCAUUCUGUCAUCACCGUGUCAUUGGGACGUGUUCCGAGAUUAGGAUUCUCACCGGUUGGUCAGUCUCUUCUCUCGGAGGUUCCUAGUGUGGAGAGCCCCUCUCACUUAAGAGGUGAGCAGAGAGAAAGUGGGAGCAUUGUGAUUAGGGAGCAUGUUCUUGAUUUCCUUUUGACAAUGAAUCACUCAGAGGAGGCUGAUAAUCCCGUGCCAGCGUCCCUCUCAAAUCUGGUUGUUCAUAUUAUCGAUACACACAUGGAUCAUCUUCAAGAUGUUGUGACGAAGCUCGAGAUUGAGUUAGAUUCUGUGGAGCUUGAAAUGGAUAGAGGUGGAUUCGCUUUAAAAAAACAAAUGCUCGAUGACCGAAGAUUCCCCAAAAUGAACCUCAAUUUGCAGCGGCUCCUGCAGGUGAUUGCACAUGGGGAACAAGUCUUUCCACGAGUGAAAGAAAAGUGUUCUUCUAAACAUUGGUUUGCCAGUGAAGACAUCAGCUCGCUCGAGGAAUUAAUUGGACGUUUACGACGAUUGAAAGAGAAUGUUGGAUUCAUUGCAAAUCGUGUCACCGCUAUUCAGGCUGGUCUCGAUAGUUGGCAAGCUGAGCAAAUUAACAAGAAACUCUAUUAUCUAUCGUUUCUUUCAAUCAUAUUCUUACCUCUAUCUGUCAUAACUGGAGUAUUCGGCAUGAAUGUUGGUGGAGUACCAUGGACCGAUCAGAGAAAUCCAGAGUUGAAAGACGGGUUUCGUAACGUCAUGUUUCUUUGUGUCGCAAUGCUACUACUCGUGUUGCUCUGCUUCAGUUUCCCAGCUCUUUAUACCUACAUAGCAGCGUGGCAUCGGCGGAGGAAGAUGAGAAGGAGCUGGUCUCUCAACAGAAAGUCCUUUCUGAAGAGAACUAUGAGAAAUGGGGAUGAUAACAGGGGAGGAGGUUAUCUUCGGAUUUGAUGAUAAGCGCCAUCCUCACUGAACGACAUGACUUUUGCGAACCCAGCAAGUCGGUCUCGAUCUCGAUCCCAGAUGAUCUAAGUCAAACCAUUGAUCUACAAAAUCGUACAUCGCUACUGUAUCGUCCUCCCGUUCCCUGGGAGACUUGCUUAAAAGAAUUUGGUUGCAGUUUGUUUCAGGUCAAUGAGGUUAGCCAGUCUUAUCCUAACAUGUUUUAUUUCACAUCUGUAAGCUUUUGACAUGUACAGUUUCUUUUAUUCUUAUCUUCCUUUUUCACUCUCAGAGAUUUGUAUGGAAACACUGUUAGGCAUUGUUUAUUUCUGGCAAGCACCAAUACUCUUAUCAGUUCCUUCCCAGGUACUCACGCUGCUAUACUUGACAUUCAUGGAGGAUAUAUUCUGGUGUUACUGAGCUAGUUGAAAAAUGUAAACAUGUUGUCUUCAAGUGUUAGCAUACAAAUGUUGUAAAACAAUGUACCAAAUGGAGAUUCAAAGCUCUAAUCCUUUUUUUAUUACUAAGUUUUAAUGACAAUUUAAACAUAAUAUUUGAUAGGAA